AUGAACUUUCGUGUGCUUGCGUGUUCCAGAAAUCGGUAUAUGUUUCCACGGCCCAAGCUUCGGCCGUCGGUUCGGAUUCGUUUAAACCAAAUGGCAUCGCAUCUUUCCACUGCUGGGAUCUCCCUGGCUGAGCUGCCGAAAUCAAAUGUGUUCACAUCUAAACUGCCCGCUGAUCCAGCUUUUGAUACACCAGAAUCAUCGCAUGAGGCGCCACGGGAAACCUUAGGACCUCGGAUGGUCAAAGGGGCUCUGUUCACUUAUGUACGCCCGGAGCGGACUGAUGAACCGGAGUUGCUGAGCGUCAGUGCGAAGGCGCUGGCAGACCUGGGAUUAAAGCCAGGCGAAGAGCAAACACCGCAAUUCCAGGCUUUAGUUGCCGGGAACAAGAUUUGGUGGAACGAGGAACAGGGCGGUAUCUACCCAUGGGCUCAGUGUUAUGGAGGUCAGCAGCACGGUUCGUGGGCUGGACAACUUGGAGACGGGCGUGCGAUUAGUCUCUUUGAAUGCACUAACCCAGAGACAAACAAGCGAUAUGAGCUGCAGUUGAAAGGAGCAGGGAAAACACCUUAUUCACGUUUCGCAGACGGUAAAGCUGUGCUCCGGUCAAGUAUCCGUGAAUAUGUGGUCUCAGAAGCUCUCUCCGCUCUUGGUAUACCAACCACUCGGGCACUCUCCCUCACCUCAGUCCCCAAUGCUAAGGUAUUGCGAGAGCGUCUUGAGCCGGGAGCAAUUGUUGCUAGGUUUGCUGAGACUUGGUUAAGAAUUGGCACAUUUGAUCUCCUUCGCGUUCGCGGAGAUCGUGAACUGACCAGAAAGCUUGCGACAUAUGUCGCAGAAGACGUUUUUGGUGGGUGGGAGUCUCUUCCUUCCAUUAUAUCUCUGGGUGACCAAAAGUCCUCUGCACAAGUUGAUAAUCCUCAAAGGGACAUCCCUGGGAACGAGGUUCAAGAACACCAAGAUGUACAGGAGAAUCGAUUUGCGAGACUAUACCGAGAAAUUGCUCGUCGCAACGCGAAGACAGUUGCCGCGUGGCAAAGCUAUGGUUUCAUGAACGGUGUGCUUAACUCCGACAACACGUCAAUCUAUGGUCUGUCGUUAGACUUCGGCCCGUUUGCGUUUAUGGAUAAUUUUGAUCCGCAGUACACCCCGAACCACGAUGAUCAUAUGCUGCGAUAUUCUUAUCGCAACCAGCCCAGCAUCAUAUGGUGGAAUUUGGUUCGGCUUGGAGAAUCUUUGGGAGAGCUGAUCGGGGCAGGAAAUCGUGUUGACGACGAAAAUUUCGUGAACGAUGGAGUGACGGAGGAAUUUGAACCGGAACUCAUUCAACGUGCGGAGAAGAUCAUCGACCGUGUGGGCGAGGAAUAUAAAGAGGUAUUCCUCAACGAAUACAAGCGAUUGAUGAGCAAGAGGCUAGGACUCAAAACACAGGUCGAUUCAGACUUCCAAAGUCUCUUUUCAGAGAUGUUGGACACCCUUGAAGCACUUGAACUGGAUUUCAAUCACUUCUUCCGCCGGCUUUCGGGACUCCCGAUAUCGAAGUUGGAGACCAUCGAGUCCCGAAAGGAAGCAGCCUCGGUGUUCUUCCACGCUGAAGGCUUCGGUGGAAUUGGGUACACCGAUGCUUCAGCCAGAGAUCGGAUUGCAAACUGGCUUGAUAGCUGGCGGGCUCGCAUUCUAGAGGAUUGGGGUCCCGCAAAUGACCGGGAAAGACAAAUAUCCAUGAAAUCCGUCAACCCAAACUUUGUGCCUCGAGGGUGGAUUCUUGAUGAAGUCAUUGAGCGUGUUGAGCGCAAGGGCGACCGAGAUAUUCUGGGCCGGAUCAUGCAAAUGUCUCUGGACCCGUUCAAAGAUGAAUGGGGUCUGGACAAGGACGAAGAAGAGCGUUUCUGCGGAGAUGUCCCCAAGUAUAAGAGGGCUAUGAUGUGCAGUUGCAGCUCAUAA